AUGAAUAAAACGAACAAAAAGGAAGAAAAAAAAAAUAAAAAUCUAGAUACAAAGAAAAAAUAUAGUCAAAAUAAUGAAUUAAAUAAAGUAAAAGAUAUAAAUGAAAAUAAAAAAAAAAUAGUAGAAAAUGUAAUUAAAGAAAAAAAUGAACAAGUUAUAAAUUCCAAUGAAAAAGAAGCAAUAAAUAUUGUUCAAAAUUCUGUUGAAAAAAGUGAAGAUAAAAGCAUAAGGGAUGAAGUUAAGAAAAAUGAAAGUAUAAAUUUUAAUAAUAAUAAUAAUAAAAAUAUAAAAAACACUAAGAAUGAUAAAAAUAAAAAGAAUAAGAAUAGUACUAACGAUGAUAAAAACAAAUCUAGUAAAAAGAAUAAAAACAAAAAAAAAAGUAAACUAGAUUUAAUAUUAAAUGAAUUUAAAAAUGAAAUAAAUGAAAGAGACAUAGAAAAAAGAGAAGAGAAAGGAGAAGAAAAGGUAGAAGAAAAUAAAAAAAAAGAAGAAAUAGAAGAUUAUGAUAUAGAAAAAAUAAAAAAAACUAUAGUAAUAAAAGAAAAUUUUAUAGAAGAGCAAAAUAAUAGUCAUAUAAGAUUGUUAAAGAAUUGGCCUCAGGUUGAAAAAAGCUUUCAAACUAAUCCACCAACAGUACCAAUUGAGUUAUUAUUUCAAGGAAAAAAUUAUCCUGUUGGUGAAAUAUUAGAGUAUAAACAUGUGUUAAGUGGAAAGUCAUUACAAGAAAAAAAAGAAAGAGAAAAAAUAAGUAUAGAUUACUAUGAAGAUUUAAGAAAAGCUGCUGAAUGCCAUAGGCAGGUUCGAAAAUAUAUGCAGACAUAUAUUCAACCGGGAAGAAAAAUGAUAGAUAUUGUUCAAGCAACAGAAAGAAAAACGAAAGAAUUAAUUUUAGCACAAAAAUUAAAAUGUGGUUGGGGAUUCCCUACUGGUUGUUCUUUAAAUCAUUGUGCAGCACAUUAUACACCAAAUUACGGGGAUGAAACCGUUUUAAAAUAUGAUGACGUAUGUAAACUAGAUUUUGGAGUACAUGUUAAUGGAUAUAUAAUUGAUUGCGCAUUUACAAUAGCAUUUAAUGAAAAAUAUGAUAAUCUUAUUAAGGCUACUCAAGAUGGGACAAACACAGGUAUAAAGGAAGCAGGAAUAGAUGCAAGAAUGUGUGAUAUUGGGGAAGCUAUUCAAGAAGUUAUAGAAUCCUAUGAGAUAGAAUUAAAUCAAAAAAUUUAUCCAAUUAAAGCUAUUAGCAACUUAAGAGGUCAUUCCAUUAAUAAAUAUAUAAUACAUGGAGGAAAAUGUGUACCUAUUGUUAGGCAGAAAGAAAAAAGUGAAAUAAUGGAGGAAGGAGAAUUGUUUGCUAUUGAAACUUUUGCAUCGACGGGGAAAGGAUAUGUUACCCAUGAAAACGAUUGUUCUCAUUAUAUGAGAAAUCCAGAUAAACAGUUUGUUCCUAUUAGGCUAAAUUCAGCCAAAACUUUAUUAAAAGUUAUUAAUGAUAACUUUGAUACAUUACCAUUUUGUCGUAGAUGGUUAGAUGAUUUAGGGCAAACAAGACAUUUUAUGGCCUUAAAAACCUUAGUAGAUUUAAAUAUUGUCGAACCUUAUCCCCCUUUAUGUGAUACAAAAAAUUCGUAUACUUCUCAAAUGGAACACACUAUUUUGUUACGACCGACAUGUAAAGAAGUUUUAUCAAGAGGACCUGAUUUCUAA